GCUUGAGCAGGUGGGACCAGAGAGAGAGAACAAGCCACUUUUGCAGCAGCCUGGCCCGUCACUUCUGCGGCAUGGAUCUCCAGAAGGUGCUGUCCAGAAUGGUUCUUUUCCUGCUUUUUCUUUAUCUGUCACCGCUAGGAGGUCGCUCUCACCCUCUGGGCAGUCCUAGCCAGUCUCCGGAUCAAGUCAAAAUGCAGACGCUGCUGGACCUGCUGAGGGAAAAGGCACAGGAGAUGGCCCAGGGGCAGCUCCUGAAGGACCGAGAUCCCACAAAAGCCCCUCCCAAAAGCACCCUUGCAUCUCAAGACAGCACCCUCCAGGACCUGCAGAGACUUCGAAACACCAAGAAGAUGCAUAAUUCGGGCUGCUUUGGGCACAAGAUAGACAGGAUCGGCUCCGUCAGUCGUCUGGGCUGCAAUGGUGAGCUCCUACCUUGCCGUUUCACUGCAAGCUGCACCCCAGCACCCCACCCUCCCAUCCGCAUGCACGCCGCCAGCAGAGGCCCCUAGGUUUGCUACCUGGAGUCCUUGCACAGCCCUCCACUUUGCUGACAGUUUUCAGAACCAAGGCAGCCUGUCAGGAAAUGUCACAUGGGAGUUUCAUAACGUUCUCCCAGGUGACCACCUUCCAUCCCAGGGGUCAGAUGCUCCUCAGGGUGCAGACUGCCUGUUGGUUGACCACCCCUCCAUAGGGCAAAAGGAGUUCUGAGCAUUUCCCCUAUCUCCCACCCCCUUUCUCCAAACUGAACUGUCAACGGCAAAGAGCACAAUCGACCUCCUUUACAGUAGAAACUAAGUCCCAAUGAGGUAGCUUUUUUCCAGAGCCGUAAACGUCAACUCCCUCUGGGGACCGCAGGUGGA